UUGUUGUCGUGUGAACACACCAACCUGCUGAAUCCUGAAUGUCUGCGACUUCCCUGUUGAUGACUCAUUUUUGCAGUCUCCAUUACCAAAUCAGCUAAAAGUAGUAAUAAUACUAGUCUUUGAUUGUACUGCAAAGAGCUCCAAAAAUGGAAGAAUUUCACUAAUAGAUAAGCUGUAUUUUUAUCAUUUUCAACCAUGAAGCUGCUACAAACAACUAUUCAUUUCUUGUUUGUUUUCUACUUAUUUUCCAUUUUUCAAAUUUCAUUAGGUGAUACCAUAACAACAAGUCAAUUUCUCAAAGAUGGUGAACCUAAUAUCACUUCAUCAGGUGGAAGUUUUCAAAUGGGUUUUUUCAGUCCAGGUAAUUCGAAAAAUCGUUAUCUAGGUAUAUGGUAUAGUAACAUAUCUGUAACUACUGUUGUUUGGGUUGCCAAUAGAGAAGCUCCUUUAGCAACUAAUUCAGGUACUCUAAAAGUUAUCAAACCAGGAAUACUUGUUAUAGUGAAUGAUAGUAACCACAUCAUAUGGUCUACCAAUACUUCCAGAUCUGUGCAAAACCCUGUUGCAAAAUUGCUUGAUUCUGGAAAUCUUGUUGUUAUGGAUGCUGUUGGUGAUGAUAUUGAAAUUGGGGAUUUUCUCUGGCAGAGUUUUGAUUACCCAACUGAUACCCUUUUGCCCGGGAUGAAAAUUGGGUGGAAUUUUGUGACUGGGAAGGAACUGUAUCUGUCUUCGUGGAAGAACGAGGAGGAUCCAGCUCCGGGUGAUUAUACGUACCAUUGUGAUCCUUCUGGUUACUUGCAGAAUGUGUUGAAGAAAGGUUCUAAGGAGGUAUACAGAUCUGGGCCAUGGAAUGGCUUAAGGUUUAGCGGAGCAACAAAUUCAAGACAAAGUCCAUUUUAUACAUUUGGUGUCAUCUCAACUAAAAAUGAGGUGUAUUUUAGUUAUCACCUUCUAGCUUCGGUUAUUACAAGGUUUUGUUUGAAUCCGAAUGGUGCGUUACAACGAUGGACUUGGGGCGAUAGGAAUAAAGGUUGGGCACUUUACCUUUCAUUACCAACGGAUAAUUGUGAUACUUAUAAGUUGUGUGGAGGAUAUGGUAGUUGUAAUAGUUUGAAUUCUCCGGUAUGUGGAUGUUUAGAUAAGUUCGAGCCUAAACAUGUUGAAGAUUGGGGGAAGGCAGAUUGGUCUAGUGGUUGUGUUAGGAGGAUUGAUCUGAAUUGCAUCAAGGGAGAUGGUUUUUUGAAGUAUACGAAACUUAAAUUACCAGACACGCGGAAUUCAUGGUUUAAUGCGACUAUGAACCUUGAAGAAUGCCGGAAAGUUUGCUUGAAAAAUUGCUCGUGUAUGGCUUAUUCAAAUCUUGACAUACGCAAUGGAGGAACCGGUUGCUUACUGUGGUUUGAAGAUCUACUAGAUAUUCGACAGCUAGCCAAAGAAGGACAAGAUAUCUACAUUAGAAUGGCUGCCUCAGAAUUAGCUAGUCAGGUGAAAUCAAAUGGACACAGAGGAAAAUCACUAUCCUGGAUUAUCCCCUUAUCGGCUGGAGUGAUUUUGGUAAUCCUAAGCCUAGUGGUCUGGAUUAGAAGAAGGAAGAUAGCUUCAGAGAAAAAGAAAGGAUGCUGUGGGCGCAAUGGCAAUUACAAGAUGGAUUACCUCAACGGAAACCUCAGCGAAGAAUAUGAGUUACCACUGUUUGACUUAUCUACAAUAGCUAAAUCUACAAACAACUUUUCAGGGACGAGCAAAAUUGGAGAGGGUGGAUAUGGACCUGUUUACAAGGGCGUGCUUGAACACGGACAGGAAAUAGCUGUGAAGCGGCUGUCUAGGACUUCCACACAAGGACAAGAUGAGUUCAUGAAUGAAGUGAUGUAUAUUGUGAAACUUCAGCAUAGAAAUCUUGUGAAGAUUCUCGGAUGUUGUAUCGAAGGAGAAGAAAAAAUGUUGAUCUAUGAGUACAUGCCAAAUGGAAGUCUUGAUUCAUUUAUAUUUGAUGACACACGAAGCACGGUAUUAGACUGGUCUAAGCGCUUUCACAUAAUCAACGGUAUAGCUCGGGGACUUAUGUAUCUGCAUCAAGAUUCUCAGUUGAGGAUCAUUCACAGGGACCUGAAAGCUAACAACAUUUUACUAGACAAUGACAUGAAUCCAAAGAUAUCAGACUUCGGUAUAGCAAGAAGUUGUGAAGAUGACAAGUUUGGAGCCAAGACACACCGAGUAGUUGGAACAUAUGGCUACCUCUCACCGGAAUAUGCUGUACAUGGUGUCUACUCGGUGAAGUCAGAUGUAUUUAGCUUUGGUGUCUUAGUUCUUGAAAUUGUAAGUGGGAAAGGGAACAGAAAAUUCUCUCAUCCGGAUCAUAACCUUAACCUCCUUGGACAUGCAUGGACACUCUAUAAAGAAGGUAGAUCAAUGGAAUUACUCGGGGAUUUCCCCGUUGAUGUCUGUUCUACACCUGAAGUUAUACGAUCAAUCCAUGUUGGUCUAUUGUGUGUGCAACAUCGUCCAGAAGAUCGUCCAAGUAUGUCUUCAGUGGUUAUGAUGUUAAACAAUGAAGGUGUACUGCCACCUGCUAAACAACCAGCUUUCUUCGUAGAAACAAAUACACCAGAUAGUGAAUUCUCUUCUAGUCGACAUGCACAUAGUACAGUGAAUGAGAUCACCAUCACAACAUUAGAUCCCAGAUAGUAAAUUCUUCAUUGCAAAUAGCAAUCCUUCAUUCUUUUCUUCUUUGUAGCAAUGUAGGGCGAAAGUUCCCACUCCAGCUACUCAAGAAGAGUGCAGUCAUCUUCUUGUAACAUGGUGCAAAAACAUUUUCUUUUAACUAUUUCACUAGAACUUAUUACUUUGUACAAAGGUGAAUAGGAAUCGAUCUCAAAUAGUUUCAGUUUAACGCAGAAUUGACCCGAUUGAUGGACCAAUUUUGCUUUCACAACUGUAUAGUUUUUUUAUGUAAUAUGCAUCACUUUUUUAAACUUUCAAAAGUAUUUUCUUUUAUGAAGUUCUAAAUUUUGUUUA